GCGAUGGUUGCUCUCUCAACAAUAUAAGAGUAAACAAGGGAUGCGUCGCACCAGGAGACGUCUUUCCGCCUAGAAUUGCUAUCGGAAUGUUGUAGAAUGGAUCCAGACAGUGGUACAGAAUCACAAAAAGCUGUCAGUUUGCAGUGGAAAAGCUACAAACUCGUUCAGGACCCAGCCAUCCGACGGGUCUCGCAGAAAAUCUACAGAUAUGAUGGAGUACAUUUCAGCGUGCCAGACUCUGGAUUUCCAGCAGUGGGAGAUCUGCGAGAUCCCAGACCGCGAAGGCUAUGGUCCAGAUAUACAGAACUCUCUCUACCUGUGCCGAAAUUUAAGCUUGAUGAAUUUUUUGUGGGUCCCAUACCCCUUAAGGAGGUGACCUUCGCCAGACUUAACGAUAACAUCAAGGAGCCCUUUUUGGCAGAAAUGUGUUCCAAGUUUGGUGAAGUGGAGGAGAUGGAAAUCUUGUUUCAUCCAAAGACCAGGAAGCAUUUAGGCCUGGCCAGGGUUCUGUUCACCAGCACUAGAGGAGCAAAGGACACAGUCAAGCACCUGCACAAUACUUCAGUUAUGGGUACCAUCAUUCAUGUUCAGCUGGAUAUAAAAGGUCAACAGAGGCAGAAGUAUUAUGACCUGAUAGUAAACGGGUCAUACACUCCUCAGACUGUUCCCCUUGGUGGGAAGGCUUUAACAGACAAGGUCCAGCCUCAGCCCCCAACUCAGCCCCAGCCUGAUACGCCGUCAGAAAUGAGGCGUAGGCUAUCCAGCGAGCUUGUGGCUUUGGCCACGGGAGUUCAGGCUCUCACAUCAGGAGGCGUCACACCCUGUUCUAAUGACACCGGCUACAGUGAACAGCGAAUGGAAAGCACUCCCUCCUCCUUAGUGGGCCAGUAUACCCCGGGUUCCUCUGCUUCGUCUCAGGGUGGUGGGGGAACACCUUACAGCUCCAGGUCUGGCACACCUUUCUCACAGGACUCGGGCUUCACCAGCACAAGGCAUUCCAGCUACAAUACAAGCAAUUUGAGCAGCGGAUACCCUCACCAGGAUAUGUUACCUUCCUCAUCUUCUGCAGUUUCAUCCACUGUUGGAGGUUACAAAGUCUCUCGCUACCCUGACGACCUACAGGAGCCAUCCGUGUACCACCGUGGUCGCCCUGUUUACCCCCAUCCCACAUCGUACCGCCCCAAUGAGCCACCAUGCUUCCCUCCUUUCACCGGUGUCGGUGGACCAGGUCCACACAUGGCCCAUCACUCCUCCAUGCCUCCACCUCCCAUUUCCAACCAGUUUGACCAGCCCCCGAUGUCAGACAGGGAGCGCGAAAGAGACUCAGGGGGGAGGUACGGGGCUGCGGGGAUCGGUUCCAGAAGGUCAUCCUACCAUCACCCACAGGACACAAACUCCUCCUCAAAGUACCACGCCCAUCACUCCCACCACCACUCAGAGCGCAGGGAUGAAAGGGGGUACCGGCGCGACAGCCUGGGGUCCCGCUCCGGUGAACACAACCACCAGAGGCACCGGAACCACCACCACACUCACAACCACCACGGCAGCAGCAGCCGCAGGAGAAGCAGCCAUGACCGAGACAGAGAUCGGGACAAAGAUCGGGACAAUGACUUCUCUAAUAACUCAGACCCCAGAUACAGUUCCAACUCUUACCGUUCUUCCUCUAACAGCAUGUCUCCUCCUCCAUCAUCUUACUCUGCAUACGCCUCCAAAGAGCCGACUUCAGCCCCUUCCCAGGGACCGGACGCUGCCAGUCGUCCAGGAGGCACCAACGCUUCAGAGAGAGUGCCUCUGCCGUCUCCUGGUGCUGACAAAGACUACCAUUCUGCUCAUCACAGUGCUCUGCCUCCUCCACCUCUUCCACCACCUCCACUCCCACCAGCAUCAGUUAUUGCCGCGGCCGUAGCCGAGACACUCGGAACGCUGGACUUCAAUCAGGACAGCCCCGUCCGCGGAGACCAAUGGACGAAGCCCAAACGCCGUCCCAGCACUCCACCUGCCCCACCAAAGACACCCCCGCCUUCUUCCCCGACCCAGCCUUCUGUUGCAUCCUCUUCCAACUCUCCAUCUUCAACCUCACUUCCUCAUCAUCUUUCCUCUUCGUCCAGCUCCCCGCCACCUCAUCGAGACUCCUCCUCCCCAGAGCCAGAUUCUACAAACGAGAGUUUACCGUUUGUCUACCACAGCAGCAGCCUGGACUCUCGAAUCGAGAUGCUUCUCAAAGAACAGAAAGCUAAAUUUUCUUUCCUUGCCUCUGACGAGGAAGGGGAGGAAGACAGGAAGGAGGUGAAGCAAAAGGGCAGAAGUGGGAGUGGAGGAGGGAGAAGAGGCGGGCAACGCGACGCAACAGAAGAGCAGGAGCACCACGCAGACAACAGGGAGAGGGACCAUAGGAAGAAAGGGGAAAGGGAUCGAGAUGGUCACAGGGGAAGGAAAAGAGGAAAAACAGGAGAUGGCAGGAAAAGUCCAUCUGUACCUAUAGAGGCCACACUUCCUUCCUCCUCCUCACAUUCCCCCCACACCCAACCUCCUCCUCUGGAGGAACCUCAACCCCAAGCUGUCAUUUCUGGAGCUUCACAGGAAGAGUCCUCUCAGACGACCUCCGCUGAAGCAGGGAGCAAGACAGGAGCACUUACACCACCUUUCAAUGGGCAAAGUCAGGCUUCUCCACGUUCUUCCGGGGAAGACAUGGAGAUCUCGGAUGAAGAGGAUGAAACGCCCACCAUAACGACCGCGGUGGCCCACCAGCCUUCAGUCGCCUCGGGGUCCUCCCCGUCCUCCUCUCAAGCCGCAUUACCACAAUCAGACCCUUCAUCCCCCCCACCGCCUAUUUCCGACUCCUCACAGCACUUUGGCACUUCAAUGCACCCCCCAGUACCAUCCUAUCCCCCUCAUUUGCCACCCCCUCCGCCGCCGGGCUACUCCCUUCAACCCCCACCUCCGCCCGGCAUUCCUCCUCUUCCGCACAUGGAGCUGCAUCCCGAGUAUCCUCCUCAAAUGCCUCACCACAUUUACGACUACGCCUCCUCCAUGGAGCUCAUGAACCAGUACAGUGGGGGCACCCCGAUGUCCUUCCAAAUGCAGACCCACAUGCUAAGUCGCCUGCACCAGCUACGCAUGUCUGCGGCUAACGGAACACCGGGCCCGGGCGAGGGCGCAACCGCCGACUACUCGUCAUACCAUCUCCACUCCAUGCCCCCGCCUCAUCACCCCUACAUGGACCAAGAGGGCAGUGGGGGCGGUGCUCACUAUGACCAGGACCAUCGAUACAUGCCCCCCCACAUGUCCUACUCAUACCCCGACCCGCAAACCUCCCAGAUACCACCCCCGGGCCAUCAUAGCAUACCCCCACCGCACACCGGCUGGCCACCCCACGUCUUACCUCCGCAUUUUGCGUCCUACAUGCCCCCACCCGGCUAUGGCUCUAUUCUACCAGGGGAUGGAGACGGAUUCAGAGCUCCUGGGGAGGAGAUUGCCCUGCUGGCUGAGAAUCCACACGAAGCUACAGUGCAGAUGGUCUUGGCAUCUCUGAUCCAGGAAAUGAAGAACAUCAUGCAGAGAGACUUGAACCGCAAGAUGGUGGAGAAUGUAGCUUUUGCCACGUUUGAUGAGUGGUGGGACAGGAAGGAGACCAAGGCCAAGCCAUUCCAGACGAUGGUGAGGGGAGUUUCUGCCUUACGGGACGAUGAGAAGAAGGAGGAAAAAGUCAGUCGUCCCCGGGAACCCCUCACGUCUCUGGUGGACUGGGCGAAGAGUGGUGGAAUGGAGGGCUUUUCUCUCAGAGGAGCAUUACGUUUACCUUCCUUUAAGGUGAAACGGAAAGAGCCUCAGGAGUUUGAGGAAGGAGACAUGAAGAGACCCCGACCUUCGACCCCUCCCGAUGAAGAUGACGAAGCUGGAAGCAGAAGAAUGAAAGAAGCCGACAGGCACGGAGCAGAAAGGGACAACAAGAGGAGGAAAAAGAAGCCGAGAAGUCGUAAACCCUGGGAGCUGGGCAGCGAGGGCGAGGAAACGUCUGAUGGCUCCUCGACUGAAAAGGAGGACGAAGAGGAAGUUGAGAGUGAAAAGGAAUCUGGUGAUGAAGCCAUCAGUGCAGAUAGUGAUGACGAGAGUCUUUCUUCAUCCUCUGAAGGCUCCUCUUCCUCCACAUCUUCUUCUUCGUCUUCAUCUGAAGAUGAGGAUGAAGAAGUGGAGCAAGCUGAGAGCGAAGGCCCAGACUCCAUGGAUGAUUCAACGAUGGACAGUACAACUGGAAAAGAGGAAGAGGGGGUGAACGCUGCAGCUGUAGUUUCAAAGGCAGAUCUUAAAAAAGGUGUUACAAUCAGCAAAGAGGAUGCUGCUACACCAACCAAGCAUCCUCUAUCACCACCUUACCCCCGGCCGCCAUCUCCUGUUGUCCUCGUGCCGCCGCUCAAGAAGCGCCGGAAGACGGUCUCCUUCUCCACAGAGGAGAUGGAUGGAAAAGUGCACCUGCCAGCAGCACCAUAUUCCCUAUCACCAUCACAGCUGGCUGGAGAAACACCGGGAAAGCUCCCAGACGCACCGCCCGCCUCCGGACGCCCCAGUCAAGGAAUGCAGCUGCUCCCCUUCGCCUCCAAGCCGGGUGAAGGGAACGCUCUCAUUGUUCCUCCACCUGGACGAAUCCAGGAUUCCGAGGACCCCAAAAAGGGUCUCCAUGCCCCUCCCCACACGGUUCCUGCCAAAUCCCCCGUCAAACGAAGUACAAGCAAAGAGUCCCCCAAAUCCCCUGCCCUGCCUGUCAUGGUGUGCCGCACAGUGCAGAACCUGCCUUUGGACCAUGCCUCCAUGUGCAGGAUGGCGUUCGAGGAGGCCCCGCCUUCACCUUGUGUCAACAAACGAGGCAGAGGCAGGUCCCGAACCCCCAGCUUCUCCGCUUCUUCUUGUCACUCUUUCAGAGAGGAAGAUGGAGGAGAAGAGGAGACGAAUCAGAAGCUGAAGCUCAGGGAGCAACUGGGAGCUUCCAGCCUCCUGCAGUUGGCCUCGGCCUCCACAACUGACCUAUCGGUAUUGGCCGAUGUCGCUCUGAAAAUGGACCCUGAAGCUGGAGAUUCUGAAGAGACCGAAACAUCUGAUGAAGCAGAGGAGCAAAAGAUGGAAGUGGACUUGUUCUCCCCAGAUUCUCUUGCGUUGGUCAUGAGUCCAGAGGGUGUCGUUAUAAUUCUGGAGCACAACUACUGCAAACCCCCCGUGCUGUCAGCCCCAUCCAAUAACAAAAAGUCCGUUUCUAGACAAGAUUCUUCUGUUUUACUCCCAGCAGACCUCAACUCUAUAUCUGGAGUCCUUGAAGCUCCAGAGGAGGUCAUUGGAGAAGCGUUACCGGCCAGGGGAGGUGUAGAGUACUUGUCUGAUACGGGAGAGCUUUCUGACUCUGACGACAUGAGCCCAGCGGUGGCCGUCACUCCAUCACCAAAGAAUAAGAACGAGACGGUCAAAGGGCUGGAACUUGAUCAAGAGAAGAGCAAGAAGCGGAGGAGAGCAGACAAAGAGAACCUUGAGCUUCACAGCACCAAGAAACAGAAGGAGCAGCCAGGCAAGAAGCAGCGGAAGAGGAAACUUGAGGACUCGGACCCUGAGGAAGAUGUGGAUGUGGAGGAGCUGGAGUCAGGAGAACUCUCCAGCUCCGACUCUGAGAACGAGGUGAUCGAAGAAGUGAGAAAAAGCGAGCGCCUCUUUCUUCAGGAGGCGGGGGUGACAUCCCAUCUUUGGCCCAAACCCGCCCUGCAACCAGAACCGCCGGAAGUCAAGUAUGAAAACCGCAGCGAGUUUGAGCAGAUGACCAUCCUGUACGACAUCUGGAACUCCGGCCUGGAUGCUGAAGACCUGAUGCUGCUGAAGAAAACCUACGAGAAGCUGCUGCAGAACGAUCACAACUCUGACUGGCUGAAUGACACUCACUGGGUUCACCACACCGUGACCAACUUGCCGAAUCCUCGCCGCAAGAAGAAGAGUGCGGAUGGACAGCUUCGAGAACACCUGACCGGCUGUGCCAGAAGCGAAGGCUACUAUGCCAUUAGUCGCAAGGAGAAGGACGUCUACCUGGAUCUGGACUUACCUGAGCAAGUCAUACGGGAGGUCGAGAAUGUGGACACGUCGGGAGCCAACCGAGUGCUGUCAGAGAGGCGUUCAGAACAGCGCCGCCUUCUAACCGUCAUGGGAACUACAGCCGUCAUGGACUCUGACCUUCUGAAACUCAACCAGCUCAAGUUCCGCAAGAAGAAGCUUCGUUUCGGUCGCAGCAGGAUUCACGAGUGGGGCCUGUUUGCCAUGGAGCCCAUCGCCGCUGACGAAAUGGUCAUCGAGUACGUGGGUCAGAACAUCAGACAGAUGGUGGCGGACCAUCGAGAAAAGAUUUACGCUCAGCAGGGCAUCGGGAGCAGCUACCUGUUCAGAGUGGACCACGACACGAUCAUAGACGCCACCAAGUGUGGGAACUUGGCCCGAUUCAUCAACCACUGCUGCACUCCCAACUGUUACGCCAAGGUUAUCACCAUAGAGUCCCAGAAAAAGAUUGUCAUCUACUCCAAGCAGCCUAUCGCCGUCAAUGAAGAGAUCACCUAUGACUACAAGUUCCCACUAGAGGAGAACAAGAUUCCCUGCUUGUGUGGAACAGAAAACUGCCGUGGGACUCUCAACUAACGAAAGCACUUCCCCCUUUCCGUUUCUUGCCAACGUCCUGCCGGACCCUUUCACCCUUUUGGUUCUCCUUCCUGAUGAGUGCUAGCAAAGUAGAAACCAAGCCAACGUUGGAGACCGGUUAGCUCUCCGGAUGACUUCAGUUAAGUAGGAAACCGUGACGCAGGCAUUUGCACUUUGUAUGCACAGCUUCAUGGACGGGGCUGUCCCGCAGUCUGUGAUGGGGGCGCGCACCCGCCGACGGUGGCGUCUUGACCCCGUCUGUCGCAGUAUUGUCGGACUUGAACACAUUUUCCAGGCGGAUUUGGUUUCCUACACCCACAGAGAGAGGUUGUUUCCCUGUUGCCACGGCGACCGUUUCGGCUCAACCCACAGAUCUUUUGAUUUUUCUGUGUCCCACGAUCCUGCAGAGAACGCAAACGUCCCGUUCCCGUUCAGACCCCCCCCCCUUCCAUAAACGCACAGAAACACCAGACUAACUUCAGGGUUUUUAAAAGCUCCUGUUGAGGGCGCACUUUUAAAAUUUACUUCACUCUAUUUGGUUUUUCACCGUUGCAGGAUUUCCAAGUGUGAAGGUCGUCUUUUAAUUUCCUUUCCGUGCGUUAGUAGAAUAUUACUCUUGCUGUUAUAAUUAGUAUUAUAAGCUUGGUUGAAUUAACAAAGUAUCUGACAGUGAGUUGAGCUUCAGCAUUUCUACCCGCUGUGGUUCUGUGAUUCCAAACUGUCCUUUACUUUCCCUGCUGGUUGUUUCUGUCCAGACUCGCUGCAACUUCCUGUUUAGCUAAUGGCGUGUUUAGUUCCUACACAGCGGCUGAAUCGCUACGAAGAGGUUGUUUUUCUUUUUAACUGGAGCGUCCUCCACAUGCAUUUGCUUUUAACCUUUUAAUUUAUUUGUUCUUUGUCGUUUCAUCCGUUCUUCGGUGUUGGGAGUGUUUUUUAAUACACCUUUAACAUGUAGUUCUGUUGAAUGCGUUCAGCAAACAUCGAUGGCGGCUGCAGAAGCGUGAGGUUCCACCUGCUGCUUUCAUGGCGAGCCCCAGUGUUAGCAUUCCCUUUGUCCUUUUCUCUGCCUUCAUCCGGAUGGCAAACUGUUUUUCAUCCCCUUUCUCUUCAUUCUCUUUGGUUUUCCAGCCACUCGAUUAAAAGCACAUAAAUCUUGCUAGACAAAACACACACACACACAAACAGUGUGAGAUGUGGAUAUUUGCAGUUUCUUUGGUUUUUUUUUCUCAUUUCUUUACAGUUUAUUUCCACUUGCAAAUGUUAGGUCUUUUUAUUUCUUUGUGAAGAUUAACACUUAGUCUAAAAAAAAACAGUGGUCAGUGUUAAACUUUUUUGUGCUGCAGAUGUUUUAAAUAACCAUAUUUGCUUGAUAAAGUCAGACGUUUUCAAAGUUUUAGUAUUGUUUUUGUUCCUCCCCUCACAUUUUUAGGCUUUUAGAAAAUGCAUUAUUCUGGGAGUGCAGCUGCUCCAUAAAGAUUCCUCCAAUUGAAGGCAGUCUGUGGAAAUAAAGAGUCGCCUGCUAAAUCCAUCAACUUCAGCAGGUUUGCGUUGCACCGCAGUGAACGGGAUCCCCGUGUUUUUGUCGAGGCCAUCGCCGUCCGAAGUUUAACUCGAGCGUUAAACUUUUAAUUCUUUUUUAAAUCUUGUGUUUUUCCUUUUUCUUUCCAACCACAAAAAUGUAUAUUAGUCGUUGCAAUGAAAGCCUUUCUGUACAAACCGACCGACUUUACUACAGGAUAAAAAGAUUGAAUGGAAAAAAAAAAAAAAUCUUCAAGAAGUUCAUGUAAAUAUUGUAGAGGUGUUUGUUUCUCGUAGAAACACACAAAUUCCAGGCUGUAAAUAUGUUGUUCUUUUUCCUCUCUCAAGGAGGCGGAAACAUGUACAUAACUUCCAUUCAUUUAUUUUUUUAUUGUUUUAUUUUUUUUUCUCCUUUUAAUUUGUCAAUUUUAAUAUUAUUUGCAAUAUUUCUCUUGUUAAUGCGUUGGACCCUUUAUUAAUGGUGCAUUAAAAUAUUUUUUAAAUAAAAA